CAAACAUUAAACAUUUUCCGAACAUGUAUUUAUGCACUUACCCAGGAGCUAUGUGGGGAAAGAAAUUGACGGAAAUACACUUUUCGUACCGGCAAUGCCACCCAUUUAGUACCCUAGAAUGGACGGGCAUGAUUGGUGGGCCUUGUUUGGUCCUAUUAAUGUUUGUUUCAUUCCUUUUAUAUCGAAAUAGGUGGAAUAUCAAACACUACAUAUAUCUCAUCCGAAAACGAAGGAAAUAUAUGCGUGUGGAUGGAAAUAAUUUCGUAUACGAUGCUUUUGUUUCAUACAACGAAGAAGACUCACAAUGGGUUCGAGAAUACCUAAUUCCAUUCUUAGAGGAGCAGCACAACUUGAAGCUGUGUAUACAUGAGAGAGACUUUCAAGCAGGGGUCUUCAUCAAUGAUAACAUUGUAAACUGCAUAGAUGAAAGUAAAAAGAUCUUAGUGCUCCUUUCGAAUUCAUUCUCGACAAGCGGCUGGUGCAUGUUUGAACUGAAAGUUGCGCACUCAAAACAUAUUGAGGACGAGACAGAGUUAGUUGUUAUCAUGCUUGAAAAGAUACAUGGUCGAAAUAUGAAUGAAUCUAUGCGGGUUCUGCUGGGGACAACCACAUACCUAGAAUGGACAGAAGAUCAUGUUGGCCAGGCUUUGUUUUUUAAUAAACUGAAAGAUUCAAUGGGGGUUAAGUGAAAACAUUGAUAGAAUGACACUUGUUUGAUACUAAAGUUGUAUGCAAUUUAUUAUACUUGAAUUGUAACAAGAUUAGA